GGUGGAGCUCGUCUGUACCCGUUCACUCUGAUUGAAUCAUUAAUAAUUGUCUGACUGUGAUUCUUCUUCCCGGUUGAUUUCCCGGUGAUUUGAUUGAUUUCACUGCCUUUCCUGUAGAAAUUUACAUGACUGUACCUGUAGGGGCUGCCGGGGUGCGGGGGCUGGGGGGGCGGGGGUACCUGGCCUACGCCGCCGGGGUCGGAGCCGUGGGGGCAGCCGGCGCCCCCUACUGCCUGAAGGCGGACAAGCAGGCGGACGAGAAGCUGUACGACCUGCUGCCGGGCAUGGAGCUCACGCCGAUGAACCCCGGCGCCAUGAGCCUGAAGGCCGCCGCCGUCAAACCUGCACCACAGGUCCUGGAGGAACUGUGUCAGAAGAACAACUGGGGUCAGCCGGUCUACCAGCUGCACUCGGCCAUCAGUCCGGACCAGAGACAACUCUUUCUCUACAAGAUCACCAUCCCAGCUCUGGCCACGCAGUACCCCAACGUCCACCCGUUCACGCCCGCUAAGCUGUGCACGGCGGUGGAAGAAGCCAAAGUCCACGCCGCGGAGCACACGCUGCAGACGCUCGGCGUGCAGACAGAGGGCGCCGCCGACACCGGCUGUGCCUCGGUAGCCUUCCCAGGUAUGUGAAGGUCCGUACCCAAAGUCAAU